AUCAGACACAGACACCUCCUGCACGCCCUGCCCCAUCUCCUUCUGCUUCCCCUUCUACCUCACCUUCAAAGACAACACCCUCCCCUCUCAAACCGCCAGUAGCGUUUCCUCCUCCAUUGCCAAUUUCACCUGUGAAUAUCACCAUGUCUUCAGAAAGGGAGGAACGGACCUUCGGGUCCAGCCCUGUCCAACAAGAUGACGCCCAAGAGAAUAUCUCGAAUGAGAAUCAAGAACAUCCUUCACCAAAUCCCCCUUCAUAUGCUUCAUCAGUGGCCGAAUCCCAGACCUUGUUGCCUAAGAGGCCAAUUAUCGGCGGCCAGACUGCAAAGCUGCAGAACAAGAACAGAACUAGUGUCCAUGUCGCAUUCGCAGAUCUUCCUCGAGAUCUACCAGAGAUUCCCGAUGGGAUCAGCGAUAGACGAAGAGUUCACAAGGAACAACUUCACCUUGGAUUAGACACGACGCCUCCCAUACCACCGCGCCCAUUGAGCCGCUUAAGGGAUAUAAACUCACAUGACAAACUUCCUAGUAUCCGAAGUCCUCGAAACCUCAACUAUCAGCCGAGUGUUCGAUCAUCGAGAUCUGGUUCCAUCUUCGACGAUGCCCCAUCAAUGGCGCCCCCGGAGGGCUCCUACGUGUCCUAUGGCAUGCAUGAUAAUGGCUCUCCUCAGCGACCCUGGACACCAUCAUCACGGAUGUCCGGAUUCACAAGAUCCGAUCUAUCGAGGCCUCCUCCUUCGGAUGGCAUGUAUGAGCCCUCCGACUUGAAUGGCAGUCCCAGACCAGGAACUCCAUCAUCAAGAUAUGGCGGCAGUCCACGACGUCCACUUCCUCCUGCGCCUCUCUUUUCAAACUCAAGGCAGCCUGUCCCGCCAAUUGCUGACGAUGCGACUAUCUCCAUUCCUUUGCAUGAUACUUACGAUGACGAUGUCUUUGCGCCUGAAUCCGACCUGAGCGAUGCACGACCUCAUCCAGUUGACCGCAGCUCAUACAUGUCUUCUGAGUCGCAGGACACCCUGAACGAGGGAGACAUGGAAGACUACGACAAGGUUGAGCAUUAUGGCCCUGCCCCGACUGGCGCACAAGAGAGAAGAGGUGUUCGCGCACCUCAAAUGGCAAGAAAAGAGGUUCAGCUCAUCAACGGCGAACUAGUGCUUGAGUGUAAGAUCCCAACAAUUCUGUACAGUUUCUUGCCUCGACGAGGCGAGGUUGAAUUUACUCACAUGCGCUACACCGCCGUCACAUGCGACCCUGAUGACUUUGUCGAAAGAGGUUACACGUUGCGACAAACAUUUGGCAAGACUGUUCGAGAGACGGAAUUGUUCAUUUGUGUCACCAUGUACAACGAAGAUGAAAUAGGAUUCACUCGAACGAUGCAUGCCGUCAUGAAGAACAUCUCACACUUCUGCUCUCGAUCGCGCUCCCGUACCUGGGGUGAGACUGGGUGGCAAAAGAUCGUCGUCUGCAUUGUCUCCGAUGGUCGAGAGAAGAUUCACCCUCGUACUUUAGAUGCACUCGCUGCCAUGGGUGUCUACCAGCACGGUAUCGCAAAGAACUAUGUCAACAACCGCGCUGUGCAAGCACACGUCUACGAAUACACAACUCAGGUCUCUCUCGAUUCCGACCUCAAGUUCAAGGGUGCCGAGAAGGGCAUUGUUCCUUGCCAGAUGAUCUUCUGUCUCAAGGAAAAGAACCAGCGCAAGCUCAACUCUCAUCGUUGGUUCUUCAAUGCCUUUGGGAAGGCUCUCAACCCGAACGUCUGCAUCUUGCUGGAUGUUGGUACUCGCCCUAGUGGCACCUCGCUGUACCAUCUCUGGAAGGCCUUCGAUACUGACUCCAACGUCGCUGGCGCUUGUGGAGAGAUUAAGGCUAUGAAGGGCAGACUGGGCGCUAACCUGCUCAAUCCUCUCGUUGCGUCCCAGAACUUCGAGUAUAAAAUGUCCAACAUCCUUGAUAAACCUCUCGAGUCCGUCUUCGGAUACAUUACUGUCCUUCCCGGUGCCCUGAGUGCGUACCGAUACCACGCGCUUCAGAAUGACGAGACUGGUCACGGUCCUCUCAGCCAGUACUUCAAGGGUGAGACAUUGCAUGGUCAACACGCUGAUGUCUUCACUGCCAACAUGUACCUCGCUGAAGAUCGUAUCCUUUGCUGGGAGUUGGUCGCCAAACGUGGUGAGAGAUGGGUUCUCAAGUACGUCAAGGGAUGUACCGGUGAAACCGAUGUGCCUGAUACUGUUCCUGAAUUCAUCUCGCAGCGUCGUCGAUGGCUCAAUGGUGCCUUCUUUGCCGCUGUUUACUCCCUUGUCCACUUCAAGCAGAUUUGGUUUACCGACCACACCCUUGCUCGUAAAAUCCUUCUGCACAUGGAGUUCUUGUAUCAGUUCAUUCAGCUCAUGUUCACCUUCUUCUCCUUGGCCAACUUCUACCUCACCUUCUACUUCGUUGCAGGCGGUUUGACAGAUCCCAAAGUCGAUCCGUUCGGACACAACAUCGCUACCGUUAUCUUCCACAUCCUGCGAUAUGCCUGUGUACUUCUCAUAUCAACACAGUUUAUCCUGUCUCUCGGUAAUCGACCUCAAGGCUCUAAGAAGCUCUACCUUAUCAGUAUGAUCAUCUACAGCAUCAUUAUGGUUUACACGACAUUUGCUACUUUUUACAUCAUUAUUCACCAACUCACGUCUAAAGACGACAAGAUCAAGAUGGGUGAUAAUGUCUUUACGAAUAUGAUUGUAUCUAUCUUGUCUACGAUCGGCAUGUACUUCAUCAUGUCUAUCUUGUAUCUCGAUCCCUGGCACAUGAUCACGUCUUCGGCACAGUACUUUAUCCUUCUUCCCAGCUACAUCUGCACCCUGCAAGUCUACGCCUUCUGUAACACACACGAUGUUACCUGGGGUACCAAGGGUGACAACGUCAUGAAGACUGAUCUUGGUGGUGCUGUGGGUAAGGGUGAGACCGUCGAGCUGGAAAUGCCCAGCGAGCAGCUCGAUAUUGACAGUGGAUACGAUGAGGCUCUUCGCAACCUCCGUGAUCGUCUCGAAGUUCCUGAGCCUCCACCUAGCGAAUCUCAGUUGCAAGAGGACUACUACAAGAGUGUCCGAACCUAUCUCGUCCUCACAUGGAUGAUCGGCAACGGUAUCCUUGGUAUGGCCGUAUCGGAGAUCUACAGUGCUAGAGGCAUUGGCGAUAACUAUUAUCUGCGCUUCCUCCUCUGGUCCGUCGCCGCACUCGCCGUCUUCCGUGCCAUCGGUUCCACCACUUUUGCCAUCCUCAACGUGAUCAACAUGAUAGUUGAGGGUCGCGUCCGCUUGAGUCUCAAGGCACCUCGAUGGAUGGGCGGCCUAAAGGAGAGAGUCAACGACAAGAUGAGCAGUGUGUCGAGCAACCUACGCAGUUGAUGUGCACAUCAUCUUGAACUAUUUGCGCUUGAUUUUUGUUAUGCAUUUAGAAAAUGGGCAUCUGCAUCGGCGUGGUUUGGCGUUUUGACAUUUACAUCUGCAUGGAAAUGAUGAACCAAUCCCAGCUCUUUUCGCUUGGAGGAUGACGAUGGAGCAGAUGAGUUCUCGAAAACUAUAUGAUGCCGACCAUGAUUGUCGAGGCAACGAAUGUUUUGAUCGGAAUGUUUUGUUUAAUGGCUAUAUGUGAGGAAUUCGCUUCUGGGGUAGGAAUUGUGUAAAUAGCAGAGGAUAGAUGUGUAUACCCCGGGUUCAAUACGAUGCUUGUUAAGAUA